AUGUUUCAUCCUGUCUAUGGCCAGACCGCCGCCUCUAAGCAAUCGAAGCAGGUUCCUUAUCUUGCUCCGCCUAACUAUCCCAAGGCUGGUGGAAGUGGUGGAAGUGGAUACAAUCGGUCCUUAGUGUCUAAUUAUUUCCCGCACCCGCAAACGUCACGUUCCGUACCAGUACCUCCUGCAAUGAAGUCUACAACAAAUUCAAGUGGACCACCGUACGCUCCGGGACCUUCACAAUUGCCCACACAACAGUAUCGCGCGCAGUAUCCACACAGCCGUAGCCAGGGGCAUGGCACACAGACGCCUCAUCCAGUUCCGUACAUUAUGAUGCAAUCCACAGCAGGACAGCAACAUCACCCAUACCCGCCGCAUCCAUCAUAUCCAUAUCUUCAAUCCCACGCACCUCAUGCAUCCCAAACCCAUCCCUAUCGCUCUCUUCAUCCUCAUGGACCUUAUCCAAGUGGAAGUAGCAGCGGAAAGCACACAUCACACGCAUCUUACCAUCCACAUCCAUCGUGGAAUAAUUCAUAUCAAGGGAAUUUCCCUCAACCAACGGCGCGAGCUUCAGUAGUGGAUAUGAAUACAAUUACACCAGAUGACCCUCGUUAUUAUGUCCCAAGACCAAAAUCACGGACGCCAUCACCGACGCCCUUGUGGUCGCAUGGACAAGUCUGUGAGGCGCCGUCAGGCCUUCCCAGUACGUCUGCUUCAAAUGGUCCAGUCUUUCCUACCAAUGGCCGUCCUCCGCCUUCACCCGAUGGUGCUCCUCCUUCUGGUAAAUAUAGGACCAAUGAGGAGCUACAAGAGGCACGGGAGCGUGGUCCUCUGAAGUCGAUAUUAAAGACCUCGCAUGCUCCCCCUUCAAUACCUACUCCUCCUCGGAAAGGAACCACGGUGUCUCCAAAAACGCAUGGCCACCCUAAAGUAAAAGAUCCACAGACUGACGACGUCCUUGAGCUCAAGGCUCAGCUUUCUGCUGUGAUAGGUAAACAUAAUCCACCGCGGAGUGGAAAUCAGGAUAACUCGUUGUCAUCCUUGAAGACGAAGGGAAGCGAUUGUAAAUCAGGGUAUGGCAAUGACGACGAUGCUUCAUCGACAACUCAAGCGUCAGAUUGGGGAACAAUUUCCCCCGAUAUGAAAAAGGUGGCGGUUAUACCACGCAACAUUAACGGAGUGGAAGGAAUCUCCACUUGUUAUAACAAAGGAAACCAUUAUCAUUGGGUGUCAACCCCAAAACCAUCAACGGAUCGUCACAUCCGGCGCCCGCCUACACCAUACAAUAAGGAGAGAUUGCUUACCGAUACUCCUGGGGAAUAUAUAGGAGAUAAUAGCACGCAUAAAAAAGUCCCAUCCAGUUCUUCCAACGAAAGGAAAGACAAAUUGUCUGCAUACGCUCUGGGACUAACGCCUAGGUGA